AGACACACUGCUCCACAUAAAGCUCUCUGUCUGCUACUUAACUACAAACAUUCAGGAUAUCAGCUGGAAGGCAAACUUUAUUUCCAGUGAUACACUUCUGAAGGUCCACUGGUGCAGGGCAGAUGGUUGUUCCAAGGAAGCAUCCUGAGCGGUAGGAUUUCCGGGAGUGUUCCUGAACGCACCGCAGUGGGCUGGACGCUGCUGUGUCUGUCGGAGCCUCUCUCUCCUCUGUCUCCUCUCCCUCCUCUCUCUGCUCUGCUGCUCAGUCUCAUUUCUUUACGCCGGGAGGCUCAGCUGGUCUCUACGUCAAAGAAAAAGCGUGACAGAGAGAAAACGAUAUUGUCUGGGGGGAAAUCCUCAUCAUCGUUGUUGGUCUCGGACCCAAACAUGGACAGCGGACUCUGACAGAGGCGCACUGAAUCUGCCUCACAGAGGAUUUAAACUCACCUGGAUGGACUCUGACUCGGACAAAAGAAGAGCUGGACACAAAGCCAGGGGAAACUUCCAGGAGCGUUUGAGAUUCACCCCAGACAAAGCUCAGCCAGGCCAUGCUCACGCUAUGACUACUACAAUGGUUAGGUCUGUUAUGCUGACAGUCCUGAUACACUUUUUCCUGGCACCCCAUGGUGCUCAGUGUUUGGAGCCUGAAAACGGAGCGUCUGACCAUUCAGGUGCCCUGGACCUCCCGUGGCAGGAUGAGCUGUGCUGUGACUCACCUUCAACCCACCUCACUGCGGAGGGAGACGACACGCACGCACCGGAGACAAACCGCUCUGAAUCAAACCUCCCACAACAUCCCCUCUGCAGCUUCAGGGGCUCGACAAGCGAAUCACAUCCACAUGAGCCCUCUGGCGGCACCUGCUUGGACAUACUGUGCAGAAUUGAUGAGAACUGGGAGAACUUAACAUGUGAUCUUCAGUCUCACAGUCAACCAUCAACCACGCUGGAUGCUGGUCUCAUGGCAGUCAGCUUACAGCGUCUGUUGUCCCAGAAAGACGCAGAGGUGGACGAUGGGAACGCUGCCCCUGAUAAUCCUGUUGUCUGUGAAGCGAAGGAUUCCUUCAUGUGUUCGGUCGCUCUUGACACCAAGACAAGCUUUGUUACCGGGGUAACCGUUAGCAUCUCAGACGCCGUUGCCCCACCAGUUUUACUCAGGAUUCCUGCCCAACCUGUGAAACCAAGUCCUCCAGUCAACCUGUUACAUAAUCAGACCAUUGAGGCCGACCUGAUUUUACAAUGGGAUGACCCGUCAGACUCUGAUACCGGUCCGCUGAGAUACGAAGUCCGAUACUCUUCUAACACUACUCAUCCACAGUGGCAGGUGGUGUCUGCACCUGAAGAGCCCCGGUUGCCUCUGGAGCUGAAGCCCAGACUGAACUACACCAUCCAGGUUCGCUGCUCCGGCCUGGAAAACCCACCAGUGUGGAGCGACUGGAGCGAACCUUACCACAUCUACCUGGACACGGUGAGCUACAUCCCUGAGAAAGUGGUGGCACGGCCGGGGGACAACGUCACGGUAUAUUGUGUGUUCAAUGACCACAGCAUCAACGCCAGCACGGCCAUGUGGAUGCGCAACUUCCAACAGCGGCUUCAUAGCAGCCAGUAUCACCCGGUUAACCAGUGGGUCAGCCAGAUCACAGUGCGUCCUUCAGAGUCUCGGAUGUACGACCUCCUGCAGUGCACUCAGGAGUGGACCAUCCCGUACAGCCAGAUCUAUGUACAAGGAGCUUCCAUAGAUAUAACAUGCGAAACCAACGGUGACAUCGACGCGAUGACCUGCAGCUGGAAGAGCACACAGUGGACAAGACUCAAAUUCAGAUCCAGGUGGGCUGACCUGCAGUGCGACGUGAUGGAGGAGAGGGAGCGAGCGGGGGAGAAAGUGGGGGAGAUGGGGCCCUCGUGCCUGCAGGUCCGAUCCAAGCAGAAAACCUGUACCAUCCAGCCCCUGAGGAUGAACUGCUACAAGCUGUGGCUGGAGGUCCCGUCCCGACUGGGCCCCAUCAGGUCUAAACCCAUCUACCUGUCCCCCAUCGAUCAUGUGAAACCCCACUCACCCACUAAUGUAAAGGCAGUGAGCAGAAGCAGCGGGGUCCUGCUGAUCUCGUGGGAGCCUCCGUCUCUGCCAGUCGAAGGGCUCCAGUGUCAGUUUCGGUACCACUCACCCUCCGCUGUGAGAGCCCAGCCGGAGUGGAAGAUCCAGAGUCCAGUGCGGGUGCCAUGGGCGGAGGUCUUAGUGCCGGACAUGUGCCGGGUGUAUGUUGUACAAGUACGCUGCAUGCACACCAGCGGCACCGGCCAUUGGAGCGAAUGGAGCGAUUCGGUCUACUCCACACCUCAGAACAGCAGAGCUCCUGAGCGAGGCCCCGAUUUCUGGAGAGUCCUUCAAGAUGAUCCAUACAGAAACCAGACAAAUGUCACUUUGCUGUUUGAGCAGCAUCAUCUCCAACUGUCAACACGGUCUUACUGCAUAGAUGGAUUUAUAGUGCAGUACCAGGCAUUGAGUGGCUCUGUGAUGAGGGAGCAGAUUGAGCUGGCAUCCUCCUUCAGCUUUGAGUGGAACCAGGUGCCCCAAACUGUGACGGUGGAGGCCUACAAUAAUCUGGGGAGCUCCGCUAACAACUUCAACAUGACGCUAGAGAGACAGCCCAAACGCCGCAGCGUGCGUUCGUUCAGCGUGUUGGUUAUCAAAAGCACCUGUGUGUCUCUGUCCUGGACUCUGCUGGACAACAACUCUGUGCCUCUGUUCAUGGUGGUCCAGUGGUCUCCACAUAAGCAACAGGACUCAGAUCAUCACAAAGGCCGGAUUGGAGAAACAUGGGCCAGACUGCCCUACACCGACCAUCCCAUCUACCUGAAAGGUGAUUUCUUCGGCUCUGAGGAGUGUGGCUUCUACUUGUACCCUGUGUUUGCUGAUGGAGAAGGGGAGCCAGUGUACGCUAUAGCUUCCAGAGGAGAUCCUGCAGCCUACAUGAUGCUGAUGAUCAUCUCCUUCCUCUCCAUCGUCCUGUUCGUCACCCUGAUCCUCACCCAAAACCAAAUGAAAAGGUUUGUGUGGAAGGAUGUGCCCAACCCCAACAAGUGCUCCUGGGCCAAAGGACUAGACUUAAAAAAGGCUGACAACUUUGACCACCUGUUUCAACCUGCAGAGAGCCUGUCAGCCUGGCCGCUGCUCCUGCCAGCUGAGAACAUUUCAAAAGUCGUCAUAGUGGACGAAGUUGAUCUCUCAGCUCUGACUACAGCUUUAAUCCAAGUCCCACUUGUGUCCCUGACUCCUGACCCAGCCACUGCCUUACCUAUCUCCCUUCCACCAGGGUAUGACUCGGAGGUCGACCAAGCCCAGCCCACGGAGAGUGAGGUGCUCCUCAGUGGAGCUCCAUCCUUAGCUCAUGAUACAGAUGCUUUAACCAGUUCGAGCCCAACAACAGAUCAGUCACAGCUGAUCGAUCCACUGGCAGAGCAGCCUGGCAGCACUGACAGCUCUGCUCAGAGCUCUGCUCAGAACUCUGCUCAGUCUUCAGUCACAUACGCUACUGUGCUGCUCCCCGAUAUGAAGCAGGAGCAGCCCCCCAUACAUCUCCACUACAAAGAUGGCAGUGGCAGCAGCUCCAGUGACGAGGGCAAUUUCUCUGCCAACAACUCAGACAUUUCUGGAUCUUUCCCCGGCGGCCUGUGGGAGCUAGACAGCUGCCGUGGCGGAGAGAUAGACGACCCGCGGCGCUCCUGCUCCUACAACUCUGUGGAGGAGCUUUCUGAAACAUCAGAGCAAGAGGAUGAGGAAGAGGAGGCGAGAGAAGAGAAGGACUUAUAUUAUCUAGGAAUGGACUACCCAGCGGAGGAUGAGGAGAGCGAGGAAGACAAGGAGCAGAUAGAAGAAGAGACAGAUAUUGAGCUACUUAAAAAUGUGGUUUUGAGCAGGGAGGACUGCUCUGUGGAGCUGCACCCUUUGCUCAGCCCUGAGGACUCGAGCGAGCUGCUGUUAGCGUCAACACGUGGUUUUUCCUCGCUGUACCUGCCUCAGUUCAGAACUGCUCCGUACACGAGGCAACUCACAGCUCAACCACAUGACGGCAAACCACAGCAGUGACUCUUGUACAGGCCACAUUUGAAUUGAAAUGAAUCCGUUGUGCUGUUGAGUGCGUCAUGUUUCAGCAUCACCAAAGCGGGUUUGCAUAUUAUGUUCCUUUGGAAACAGUGAGGUAUGGAGGUGAGAAAUGUAAAGAAAUACCUCGACUGAUGUGUGAUUGUAAAUCGAUAUUCAUCAGUGCUGCUAUUGUGUUCUGUGGGAAAAGACGUUAGAUGGGCACAAGCCUCAGUUGUAGGCAUUUCUUUCUUUCUUUAUGGGGCUUUAAAACCCAGAUUCUGCUGUGCCACACGGCUCCUCUGCAGUCAGUUACUGAUGCAGGAGCACCUGCUGAGAAAAUUGAAUUGUUUCAUUGGAGGUUAGGCCGGUGGAAUUAAGUUCGUUUUUCACAGAGAGCAGCAGGAAGACUCUAAAAGCAGUACAUUAGUCAGCAGGAAGACAGUAACAGAAGUGGUGGGCAUCUUGUGGCUUCAAACAUCCAACAUACAGCAUAUUUCACAGGUGGUCAUACCUUAGAUGCAUAAAUAAAAAAAGAUGUGGUAAUGCUGUCUGUGCCUACAUUCACUCAUCUGCUGCCAACGUAAAGAAGUCUCUCGUUCUCUGCUGAACUAUGCUGGCUACAUUUCAUGUGAAACAUGGAGGAGGUUCAAACAGUAAAAAAUAAACGCACAGAAAGCGAGAAAGAACAGAACUGUAAUCUGCACAGUUUCGGCUUUCUCUAAGCACAUUAGACUGUGAAGUGAAGGCGAACCUUGGAUGUCACUUCAAAGCUAUCGGUGUGACUACAUCAGAUGCAAGUUAACAAAGGAAACAGAUGUAGUCUGUGAGUAACUGCAGGUGAUUUUUGGGCACAGAAUUGACUGCAUUUGUAAUCAGCUUGCGCAACAACAUCUGCAUGCACUAACUCACCCACCAACCCAAAGAAUGUCUUUUUGUACGUCGUGCUGUAAUGUAUUUGAGACUUUGUUACAGUUUGUGAGAAAUGUGAUAUCUAUUUUUUCUGUGUUUGGCCAUUAACAUUAAAAAAACACUGUCUGGAGUAAAUAAAAGACUAAAGAAUGUAUCUUUGAAACCGGAGGAAGACAAAAAUGAAAAGUAAUGAAAAUAUUUGUUGACAGAAAUUGUUAUUUGUAUACUGAGAUAUUUUGUCUAUUUUUCAUGGUGGAAAUAAAGUGUUUAUUGUGA